CUUACAAGUGCCCGACGUCCUUUUGGAUGACACCCAUCCUCUCCUCCCCACUCGCCUCAUAAACCAUCAUGUUGCGCAUCCCACUGCGCCAGUGCUCCCGGCAGCUGCAGAGCUGUGCUGCGAGAGCAAGCCUUUCCACACUCGUCGGCUCGCCGGCCAGGUCUGCCAUUUCGACAUGUCGCAGGCCUCUUGCACUCGCCCAGCGCCGGGCGUAUGCCCUCGCCGCUGAGGACACCAACAAGGGCGUGGACCCCAACGACUCGUUCCUGCAGGGAAAUACGGCCAACUAUGUCGACGAGAUGUACAUGAUGUGGAAGCAGGACCCCACGAGCGUUCACGUGUCGUGGCAGGUCUACUUCCGCAACAUGGAGUCUGGCGACAUGCCCGUCUCGCAAGCCUUCCAGCCGCCGCCUACCAUCGUCCCCGGAUCCACGCCCAACAUCAGGCCGGGCCUAGGAAUGGGGCCUGGCGAGGGCUCCGACGUCAUGAACCAUCUGAAGGUGCAGCUGCUCGUGCGCGCUUACCAGUCCCGUGGCCACCACAAGGCGAAGGUCGACCCUCUGGGCAUCCGCACAGAAGCCGAGGAGUUUGGAUACAGCAAGCCCCGCGAGCUCGAGCUGUCGCACUACAACUUCACCGAGAAGGACCUGGACGCGCAAAUCGAGCUUGGCCCGGGUAUCUUGCCACGCUUCAAGUCGGACAGCCGCAUGACGAUGACGCUAAGGGAGAUUAUCGCGACCUGCGAGCGCCUCUACUGUGGCUCAUAUGGUGUCGAGUACAUCCACAUUCCGGACAGAGAGCAGUGCGAUUGGCUGCGUGAGCGCAUCGAGGUCCCGACUCCUUUCAAAUACUCGGUCGAUGAGAAGCGCCGCAUCCUGGACCGUCUUAUCUGGGGCACCAGCUUCGAGUCUUUCCUGGCGACCAAGUACCCCAACGACAAGCGAUUCGGUCUCGAGGGUGGAGAGAGUUUGAUUCCUGGAAUGAAAGCCUUGAUUGACCGAAGUGUCGACUACGGAGUCAAGGACAUCGUCAUUGGUAUGCCGCAUCGUGGUCGUUUGAACGUCCUCUCCAACGUCGUCAGGAAGCCCAACGAGUCCAUCUUCAGCGAAUUUGCUGGAACCACUGAGCCUUCUGACGAGGGAUCUGGAGAUGUCAAAUACCACCUAGGAAUGAACUUCGAGCGUCCUACUCCCUCUGGCAAGCGUGUCCAGCUCUCCUUGGUCGCCAAUCCAUCCCAUCUUGAAGCCGAAGACCCAGUCGUGCUAGGCAAGACCCGCGCUAUCCUGCACUACAACAACGACGAAAAGGAUGCCCGUACUGCCAUGGGCGUUCUUCUACACGGUGACGCUGCCUUUGCUGGCCAAGGUAUUGUGUACGAGACUAUGGGCUUCCAUCAGCUUCCUAGCUACCACACUGGUGGCACGAUUCAUUUGAUUGUGAACAACCAGAUUGGUUUCACUACGGACCCUCGUUUCUCUCGCUCGACCCCCUACUGCUCCGAUAUCGCCAAGGCGAUCGAUGCGCCCGUGUUCCAUGUCAAUGGCGAUGAUGUCGAAGCCCUCAACUUUGUCUGCCAGCUCGCAGCUGAUUAUCGUCACGAGUUCAAGAAGGAUGUCGUGAUCGACAUGGUCUGCUACCGAAAGUCGGGUCACAACGAAACUGACCAGCCCUUCUUCACGCAGCCUUUGAUGUACAAGCGCAUUGCCGAUCACCCGCAGACUCUCGACGUUUAUGUUAAGAAGCUUCUGGCAGAAAAGACGUUCACGAAAGAGGAUGUCGAGGAACAUAAGGCCUGGGUUUGGGGCAUGCUCGAGGAAAGCUUCAAUCGCAGCAAAGACUAUCAGCCGACGGCCAAGGAAUGGCUUACAUCUGCCUGGAACGGUUUCAAAUCGCCUAAGGAACUCGCUACUGAGGUGCUUCCCCAUUUGCCAACCGCUGUUGAGAAACCUCAGUUGGACUACAUCGCAGAGAAGAUUGGGAGUUCACCAGAAGACUUUACUGCGCACAAGAAUCUGAAGCGUAUCUUGGCUGGCCGAACAAAGACUGUCAUCGAGGGCAAGAACAUUGACAUGGCUACGGCAGAGGCUUUGGCUUUUGGCACUCUUUGCAUGGAAGGCCAUCACGUCCGUGUUUCUGGUCAGGAUGUUGAACGUGGUACAUUCUCUCAGCGCCAUGCUGUACUCCACGAUCAAGAGACCGAGAAGACGUAUACGCCCCUUCAAGAUCUCGCCGAUGACCAAGCUAGCUUCGUCGUUUCAAACUCUUCGCUUAGUGAGUUUGGAGUUCUUGGGUUCGAAUAUGGUUACUCGCUUUCCUCGCCCAACGCUCUCGUUAUGUGGGAAGCUCAAUUCGGUGACUUUGCCAACAACGCUCAAUGCAUCAUUGACCAGUUCAUUGCCUCUGGGGAGACCAAAUGGCUCCAGCGCUCAGGUCUUGUCAUGAGCUUGCCUCACGGUUACGAUGGCCAGGGCCCUGAGCAUUCUUCCGGACGCAUGGAGCGCUAUCUACAGCUCUGUAACGAGGACCCACGUAUUUUCCCAUCGCCAGACAGGCUUGACCGUCAGCACCAGGACUGCAACAUGCAAAUUGCAUACACGACAAAACCCUCAAACUUGUUCCACAUCUUGCGCCGCCAAAUGAAUCGUCAGUUCCGCAAGCCUCUGAUUCUCUUCUUUUCCAAGUCGCUGCUCCGACACCCAAAUGCUCGUUCGAGCAUUGAGGAGUUCACUGGUGAUUCGCACUUCGAAUGGAUUGUCAAGGACCCCGCACACGAGACCGGCGAGAUUGGUACAAACGAGGAGAUCCAGCGUGUCAUUCUUUGCACGGGUCAGGUCUACACUGCGCUCGUCAACGAGCGCAAGGCUCGCGACCUUAAAGAUGUUGCCAUCACUCGUGUUGAGCAACUCCACCCCUUCCCAUGGCAGCAGCUCAAGGAGAACCUUGACUCAUACCCCAAUGCCCAGAACAUCAUCUGGUGCCAGGAAGAGCCGCUUAACGCGGGUGCCUGGAGCUUCACACAACCGCGAAUCGAGACUCUGUUGAACGAGACAGAACACCAUAACAGGCGACACGUUCUGUACGCAGGACGCAACCCCAGCGCCUCUGUUGCGACUGGUCUCAAGGCGUCUCAUAAGAAGGAAGAGAAGGAUCUUCUCGAGACGGCCUUCACGGUCAAGCAGGACAAGCUGAAGGGCGAGUAAAUAUGCGUUGAGGUGUAAGCAGGGGAAUUUGCUUUUCUUCUUUUAUUUCAUUUAGCCUGAUGCUUGCGGUACUUAUUCCCCUUACUUUGCAACGAUCCUGUCUCGACGUGAAUCGGAGGAUGCUAGGUACUACGGAAAUUGGAUUGGAUGGGAACACAUUUGCUGUACCUUUGCAUGGUAAGGUGUGUAUGUGUAGGAGUGUAGCAUAAAAUUUGGUUUACCUUGUUCAAGAUUCUAGAGCCUCGAUUGAUCUCAACAACCGUUUCUCGUUUCACACGGCUAGCCAGCUCGGUGAGAGGUGUCCCGAGGAGGUGAAUAGUCCAGGGCCACAGCUGGCUACGCCAGCCAUCGGCAUGCGUCGACUUUUCCGGAGAAUCUGUUUGUGCACGAAUAUUAUCCG